AUGGGCAACAGUCUCUCCAUGUGCGGCUUGGUCGCCAGUAGCGACGAUCACGAUACACAAUUGCAUUAUCAAAGCAAAGACUUCACUCGAGAGAUUGUUGACAAAGUAGCGGCUGAACGUAAGCGUUCUCUCUCUACAACGACGGACUCGUCCGUGGCUUCCAUUUUAUCCAACUCAGAACAGCUUAUUCCGGAAGCUUUUCUGCCUAAGGACAUACAGGUGCUGUCUCAGCGCAGACAGCGCCAGCACCGUCAUAGCAAAAAUUUGUCAAUAGGGUCGUCCCGAGUCAGCAAUUUAUCAUAUCGAAGUGUGGGCCUUGUGCACGUGGUGCGCACGAAUGUUGCGACUGACAAAAUCGGUGGCAGUGUGAACAAAAAGUACAACUUUGGCAUCAAGACGGCGUCCUCUAGCUUUGGCUACAGUGACGAUGAAAGCAAGAACCCCACGGCUGUGUCCAAUCGACGUGCCGACCACAGCGGCAGACUUUCUGUCCAAGAGAUUCAAGUCAAGUGA